AUGAGCGCAACCCACCACCCGUCCUUGAUGCACACCUGUGAAGCGACCCCGCAGCAAGACGAAGCCGAGUGCCCCAUGCCGAAAGAGGAGGUAGCGGGCCACGUAGCGAAGGCGGACGAGGAGGCAUCGGAGCAGGGCAGCCAGGCAGAAGAAGCGAGCAGCACCAGCAGCGAAGAACAUGAAGAGGUUGAAGAAGGGGAGGAAGAAGACCAGGAUGACGACGAAGACGCGACCUUCCAGUUUGCCACGGAUGAGGAGGCGGAGGCACAGCGCCAGACCGGCAUCACCGCGUACAACGAAGGCCGCUACGAGGACGCGCUCGAUGUGCAGUACCGCGUGGUCCGUCACUUCUCCAACAAGUACGGUUCCACUUCCGCCAAGUGCGGCAAGUACUUUCUGGACUACGGUCUCUCACAAUUACGACUCCUACAGAGACAGACCACCGUGGACGACGUCCUGCGACCCCGUGACGAGGACACGCUUAUGACGUGUUACGUGAACCUGGAGGUGGCGCGCGUGUGCCUCCAGAAGUUGGAGGCAGAGGUCGGUGAAGAGGAUGUAGAGGUGGAGCUGGCUCUUGCUGAGGUGCGCAAUGCGCUGGCGCAGCUUUCCGUGGAGAAGGAGGACUAUGACGCUGCGCUGCGCGAGUACGAGACGGAGCUGCUGCACUACCGCUGCCUGCAAGACGCCGCACCGGAGGAAGAAAAGCUCACCGUUGUUCCUGCCGGGCGUGUGGUCGGCGUCCUCUACGGCAUCGCUGACUGCUUCAUGAAGGAAGGCGACUUCGAAGGGGCCGAGGAGCGUCUGCGAGCCACGCUGGACGAGAUCAAGCUGUACCCGGCCGGUACCAUUGCCGCUAGCCUUGUUGCCGAGCUGGAGGACUUGUUGGCUGACGCAAUUGAAAUGAAAGGCGGCAAGUUCCAGGAAAUCCAGAAGGCCAUUAAGCAGCAGUUUGCCGCCGAGGCGGAGCAGAUACCCACCCCGCAAGAGUUUUUUUCAGUGAACAAGGAUGGCAAGCACCCCUUCCUCUCCGCCGUCCCUGGUGGUGCAGGGGACGAGGUGACAGAGAGUUCGUACCUGUCCAUGCCCAUGUCUGCGAACGGGCAGGCCCUCGCCACGAACGAGCACAGCAAUAGUCUCUCCGUCUCACUCUUUCCGCCGCAGGGCAGCCGCAGUGGCACCCCAAGCGGCCCUGUUCAACACGCCGUGGUGCGCAAGAAGCAGAAACGCACCGGCGACGACUCGCUCUCGAGCGCGCAGCCGGAGAACAAGAGACCACGUGCGGAGUCUGCGUCGGCAUAG